GGUUAAGAAAAGUAUGUGUGAGAAAAGGAGAGAGAGAGAGAGAGAGAGAGAGGAACUGGACUGCAUUCACUGCUUCGUUCUCUGCCCAAGUGUUUGCCUGUAAUCAGAUUAUCCAAUUCAGGAGUCAUGCCUCGUGGGGAUUUCUCUAUUCGUUUCACAAACCGAGGACGUGGCACGUUCAUCAGAGCAGAGGAGGCUGCUGGCAUUGCUUUCCUGGCGAUUGUCCUUACGGCGCUGUUCAUUCUGGGCUGCUGGUACUACCGCAAACGCAAUGGGUAUAGAACCAUCCAGAACUCCAGAGGCCCGAGUCUAUCCUGGAGGGAACUCGUGAGAUCGGGACAGUACAGUGAACUAGGGGCACCAGGCGAUCAUAAAAUGGCCCUUAAUGAAUUUGGAAACACCCAAUCUGUGUUCCCUAAUGCCCCACCAGCCUAUGAGAAGAUUGCCACUGGACCAUCACCACCACCUUAUUCACCCUAAAGAAGAAUAAUUAAAAAUCAAUCAAUCAAUCUUGACAUAUUUUAACCUUCUGUAGGAUUUUGUCAUUUGUAAACGGCACAAGGGAGGAAGGAAAAAUAUCAAUAAAGCUACAUUAAAAUUCAAACACAUCCAUUUCAACCAGUGCAAAGUUAUUUCUGAGGCGAUCAGCGUUUCUGGCUUUAUGGAGGCGUCGUACAAGUCUCCGCUGAAAUGGAGGAGGAAUACAUUGUGCAUCAUUAGCUGGGUUUCCAUUGCCGUUUUGCCCAAAAUAGAAGCAAUAUUUAAAAAUUUUUUAGACAAAACACAAUUGUGAAUGGUUUGCGUUUCUAUUGAGUGAGGUUAUGAGAUUAAAGCUGGGUUUUCUCCUCUCA